AUGAAAGUCAUCAUAGUCGGAGGCUCGAUCACCGGCCUCACUCUCGCCAACAUGUUGGAAAGAAUUGGCGUCGACUACGUGCUUCUAGAGGCACACUCGGAAAUUGCGCCGCAGGUGGGCGCCAGCAUAGGCAUGUGGCCGUACGGGCUGCGCAUCCUCGACCAGCUGGGUUGCUACGAGCCCAUUAGAGCGCUCAUCGACAAGCCGCUGGAGCGAGGCGUUCUGGUGGGACCGGACGGAAAGCCUCUGCUGACGACGGAGAACCUGUCCGACCACAUCGAGGAGAGGCAUGGCUACCCGGUCAUCUUUGUCGACCGUCAGGCAGUCUUGCAGAUUCUCUACGACAAUAUCAAUGACAAGUCCAAGGUACUGCUGAACAAGCGUGUCGCUACGGUGACACAACGCGCUUCUUCGAUCGGGGUAACGCUGAAAGACGGAUCUUCUCACUUUGGCGACAUCGUUGUGGGAGCGGAUGGCAUCCACAGCACGGUGAGAAGUGAAAUGUGGCGCAUUGCGGAGACGGCAAAGCCGGGCUACAUUCCGGCAUCGGAGCGGACGGACGUCCCCACCAAGUACAACUGCAUUUUUGGUAUAUCCAAGCCUACGCCUGGAUUGCCCCUCCAAACCGCGUUCAAUGUGCUUAGAAAGGACUACUCUUACCUUGUCAUCACCGGUCCUGGAGGUCGAGUAUAUUGGUUCGUCUUCACCCGCCUUCCUGAAACGCAGCACGGGGCGAUCCCACGCUACAGCAAGGAAGACGAGGAGGAGCUGGUGAAGAGGUACCGGGACGAUCGAGUCUACGAGGAUGUCAGGUUCUCCGAAAUCUACAAAAACAAACUAUCCUCGGUUUUGACGGCAAUCCCUGAGUACGUCUUCAAGAAGUGGUAUUUCGGUCGUGUCAUCACAAUCGGAGACUCUGCGCACAAGCUCAAUCCCCUCCCAGGCCAGGGCGGCAACAGCGCCAUCGAAACCUCGGCGGCCUUCGUAAACGCCCUUUUCAGACAACUGAAGUCCUCUCCGACCGCGCUAUCGCAAGCAGACAUCGAGCACAUCUUCUCCGAGACGCAGAACGUGCGUCACAACCGCGCAUGGGAGGUGGUGUCGUACGCACACGAUCAGCAGAAAGUCGAGGCCAUGGAGACGCCCGCUCUGGGCCUGUUCGCGCGCUGGAUCCUGCCGCGCUUGGAAAGAGAGACUGCGAUGUCGCGGUUUGCGGACGUCAUCUCGGCCGGCGUCCGGCUCGAAAUGCUGCCCCUGCCCGAGCGUCCUCGCUGGAUUCCGUACCACGACGAGCUGCCGGCGAAGCAGAUGGGCGGCGGGCGUCUCGCGGCUGUUGCGGCUGCGUGCUUCUUCGCAGCGCUGGCCUAUACUGCCAAGGUCGCUCUCGCCCUCUCCCUUCCGGACGAGCCGCUCCGCUUUUUAGGAAGUCCGCUGCGGGCCACGUACACAGGUGUACACCUGCUCGAUGAGUGGUUCCGAACACUUGUCUUUGCCUUCGCUCGCGGCGUUGCCGGGCCGGACGCGGGGCUCCGUAUCAUGGUGGUGUAUUUCCUCAGCAUGCUGCUCCCCAUCACAACCGUAUGGAUCGUCGAGGCCUACCGUCUCGGAAACAAGCGGACGCCACUCGCCUGGCCGUCACUGUGGACCGCUGCGUACCAGCUGCGCGGCAUCGGCUUGGUUGCGCCCAUCUACUACCUGGUCAGCGUCUUCACUUCCUCCCACAGGGCAUACGAGCACCUGUCCGGCCGCCCCGUUCCCGAGGCCGUCGCGAAAGCCAUCGUCCCCGCCGUGGUCCUUGGCUAUGCGAUCCCGACCGCGCUGAUGUUCCUCCCGUACGGAAGCGCUGCCGUCGUUCAGAACGCAAUCGCCACAUGGCAGCCAGCCCCCGUCCUUGCCUGCGCCCUCGUAUGGGCGCUUGCGCAUCUACUCGGCAGCAGCCACCGUGGUGGUGGGCCUCUGGCCAUGUACAGCAAGAGAGAGACGGAGCAUCUCCGGUCGGCGUAUCUGACCACGUUCGUCGUCGCCGCCAUCGUCCACGCAGCGGUUUUCGUCUACCUUGUCGUCGACCCGGACAUGUCGUUCAGACAGGCCGUUCGAUUCGUUCUCCCACCGCCGCAUGGGCGGAUCUCGAGCCAGGACGACUUCGACUCCGCCAUGUCCAACUUUUGGCGUAUUUGGAGCAUGCGGCGGAGGGGUUACAUCUCGACUGCGCAGGCGGGGAGAGCGGUGGCGGCCGUCGUUUGUGGGCAGGUCCUGGUUGGUCCGGGAGCGACGUAUGCGGGCCUGUGGUACUGGCGUGAGAACUGUCUCAGUGCGCUUUCGAAGUCAAGCUCCGAGUUGGCCAAGUCUGCACCGCUCUGA